AUGGCGACCGUCAUACCUCCUCCAAGCAAGCGCCAAAAGAUAGCAGCCAUUGAAAAGGCAGAAAAGGCGGCCGAAGAUGCUGCAAUACCGAAACACCUAGGCAGCGUGAGAGUACAUUUUGUCGACCAGAGUACAGGCAAGUCCACGGGCCCUGUAGUAGCAGUGCCGGUGAAAGAUGCCACGGUGAAGAAUCUGGAGACGUUACUCAACACGAUUCAAGGCAAUGAUCCCAAUGAACGGCUACCAUACCGGUUUUUCUUCCGCAACGAUCGAGCACCUGCAGACAAUGAGUCGACCCUCCUCGACGUUCAGGAUGAUAUAUAUCACUCGGUCAUACGGCCCGGCUACAAGACUACUGAAGACAACAUCAUCCUCCAAUUCAUACCCCAAGCAGUGUUCCGAGUACGAGCAGUGACACGAUGUUCGGCCUCAAUAUCAGGACAUGGAGAGGCGAUCCUUGCAACUGCGUUCUCACCCGAAACGUCUUCGAGAAUGGCCACAGGGAGCGGCGACAGCACAGCGCGGAUAUGGGAUUGCGACACAGGUACGCCCCUACAUACCCUGAAAGGACAUACGAGUUGGGUGCUUGCCGUGUCGUGGUCACCGGAUGGUAAGAUCCUGGCGACGGGCAGCAUGGACAAUACUAUACGCCUGUGGGACCCAAAGACUGGCGAGGCCCUCGGUGGCCCUCUGAAAGGGCAUACAAAAUGGAUAACCAGUUUGACCUGGGAACCCUAUCACAACCAAACCCCAGGCAAGCCUCGCCUGGCGUCUGCUUCCAAAGACGGCACAGUUCGAAUCUGGGAUGUGCCACUUCGACGUGUCGAACAGACACUCUCAGGACACAAAGGCUCGGUGACAUGCGUACGCUGGGGCGGGUUCAAUCGUGUCUUCACGUCGUCUCAGGACAAGACGAUCAAGAUCUGGAACUCCAAGACCUGGAACUGUUUGCACACACUCUCCACGCACACACACUGGGUCAACCAUCUCGCACUGUCGACAGAUUUUGUCCUCAGAACCGCCUACCACGACCACACCGGCAAAGUACCCGACACAGCCGAGGAGAAGAUCAAGAAAGCCAAGACAAGAUUCGAAGACGCCGCGCGCCAGGAAGGUAAACUCGUUGAAAAACUUCUCUCCGCGUCUGACGAUAACACCAUAUUCCUGUGGGAUCCUUCUGCUAUUGCCGGCGACUCGAACGCCUCCGUUAAGCCUAUUGCCAGAUUACUAGGGCACCAGAAGCAAGUCCUGCAUGUAUCCUUCUCUCCUGACGGACUGUACAUCGCCUCGGCGUCAUUUGACAACAGUGUCAAGUUGUGGAAUGCAAGAGACGGGAAAUUCAUAGCCACCCUGCGCGGCCAUGUCGGCGCCGUGUACAUGGUUGCUUGGUCAAGUGAUUCGAGACUACUCGCCAGUGCAUCCAAGGACACUACGGCCAAAGUGUGGGAUGUGCGGACCGGAAAGUUAAAAGAGGAUCUGCCAGGGCAUAAGGACGAGGUUUUUGCCCUCGACUGGAGUCAGGACGGCAAGUGUGUUGCCAGUGGUGGAAAGGAUAAAAUGGUGAAGUUGUGGAAGCACUGA